UCAUUGACCUAGCACUUGACAACGCGUAUAGCCUCAAAAAUACUAAAAAAAAUAUCAAAACAAACGUAAAACUACAUAAAGAAAGCAUGUGGUUCUUUUACUUAUUAACUAUUAUAUCAAUAGUAGUGCAGGCUGUAUUUGCCACAUUGGCUUUGGCGGCAGGGCUUUACUACUUAGCUGAGCUGGUGGAAGAGUAUACAGUGAUGGCCAAAUAUGUGAUCUCAUGGACAGUUGCAAUAGUCACACUUAUCCACAUCGGGCUGCUGGUAUUCGAGGAGCUGCCCCUCCACAUGGACAUCCUAGGCAUCAUCCAGCAGGCCCUACAUGCUCUGCUGCUCAGAGAUUUCCCCGCGGUGCGCGUGGCCAGCGCACCUUUUAUAGCGGCAGUCGGGACGCUUAUAGCACAACACUAUUAUGCGUUGAAGUUCUUUGGCACUGUGCAUUACACAUUUUCAGAGGUGCUGGCGUACUUCACACUAUGCCUGUGGAUGGUGCCCUUCGCUCUGUUCGUGUCUCUGUCAGCCAACGACUACGUGCUGCCCACUACGGGAGAGAAACAACCCCUACUCAGUGAUAACAACGUGGUGACGGAUUACCUGUCUCGCAAGUCUAAGCGGUACUCGCUCCUCUCAUUCUUCAGCUUCGCCAAGGACUCUAUACUGCCGCAGCGGAGCAAGAAAGCUUUUUAGAGUACUUUCUAACAUAAUACAGUAUGGUUCUGACCAUGGGGCUUUAAAUCCAGGGCUUGAUUUUACUCGCUAAAAUGAGCUACUUUUACUAUGGGACCAACCCUAAAAUCGGGGAAAAAAUGUUGGCUUUUCCAUAGAAAACGUCGACAUCUAAUCAGUCAAAAUGUAUGAAAAAGUAAAAAUUUUUUUCGGGUAUUCGGGGUUGGUGCCAUAAUAAAAGUAGCUCAGUUUAGCGAGUAGAAUCGAGCCCUGGAUAUAAGCCCCAUGGUCAGACACACCCUGUAUACUAGUGGUGAUGAUCCGCCCCGACUUCGCACGAGAACCUUUUAAACGCCAAACGGCGCAUCCAUUUGCCGUGCCACUGACGCCACGGGGGUAAAAUUUAGUUUAGUGAAUAAAUAAUGCUAACCUAAAAGUGGGGUGAUUUUCAUCAAAAAACGAUCGACGUCAAAUGCCGUCUUUGGCGUCGUUGUCACGAUUUCGCGUUGACGUCAAUUGCGUCUGUGGCGUUCAAAAGGCUAAAUCGAUAGAAAACACGGCACUUAUAUACAUUGAACGACAUCACAGUUAUAUGUUGCCAGUGAUACACCAUGAGUAUGGUAGGGUUAGCUUCGCCUCCGGAUCCGAUAUACCGGAACUUCUUUUUGGUUUUACACCUCCGCCUCCGGUAUUUUUAAUAUCGAGCCUCCGCCUCCGUUAAAUUUUUACCGGAGUUAUAUCGGAGCUGGAAGAAAUGCUUUGGCUGCGGUAGCGGCACGCGCCUACAGGUUUUGACCUAAAAAGCUACUUGGCUCCGCCUCCGGUAAACUUCCGGAUCUGGCUCCGGAUUGGGAUCUGGUAACGGCCUCUACAUCAUCUCCGGCUCCGGAUCCGACUCGCGUUAUAUAUUUUUUUGGAAUUCAGGAUCCGGUAAAGCCACCUCUGUAACAUCCCUGAUCAUGAGCCCUAUUCCCAUGACACCUAUUUAAAUUCUAACGUUUUUUUUGUAUAUCCUGGGAUAUUUCACUAACCCAUUAGGUACCCCUUUAGUGGGUAAGGGGUCAUCCAUUAAUUACA